CCAGGUGAUGUAUUGGAGCGAUACGUACCACCAGUGGAUGGAGGCGACGGUUGUCAAGAAGCGCGAAGGCGGUGCCACCUAUGAUCUGGACGUCAAGAGGGGCGCCAGUGCCCGUAGGAUGAAGCUCCUCCGGCCUGUGGAGUGCACGGUUGCUCCAGCGGCCCCCCAGGACGAGCGGCCGCCGCCCUCGCGACCGCACUGGCCCGGCCCGUCCUCGCCCCUGCAGGCGGGCAAGGCUGUCCAGGCGCACUCGCCGUCCGCGGUGGUGGUUGCUGCACCGCAGAGCCCGAAAGUGGACGGCGUGGUCCACCACCCUGCCCAGAUGGCGUCUGCGCUGUCACCGCAGUCGAGCAGAGGUCCGGCGGCGGCGGACGCUGCCGCGCGCGACCGCGGCGCGCAGGGGGCCGCCCCGCAGCCGCUGCCCACACUGUGCGCUGGCCGCAGGACCGCGUCCUCCGUCGUGCGGACCGUGCAGGCGUCGCCGCCCGAGGACCUGAGGGCGCCAGCGUGCCUCUUCAUGGGCACAGGCGUGGAAGGCAGAGCGCGCGGGGAAAAACUUCCAGGCGCCAGGAGCGCGGCCGCAGUGGCGGCGCCGCAGCAGCCGCGAAGGUCGCCCGGAGCGGGCGCGGCGGCGCUGGAGGCUGGAGAGUUGCACAUCACCGCGCGGUCUUUCGACCCCUCGGACCUCUCCAUCAGGGGGCAGCUGCUGUCCUUGCUGGGCAUGGGGCCUGGCGCGGUCAUCGAGGAGAUGAAGGGGUUCAAGGGUGGCCUCAACGACGGCGUCUGGUUCGUCAGCGAGCUCGCGCGGGCGGCCUCGGGCGGCUCUGGCGCCCCCGGCAGGGAGCUCGUGCUCAAGCUGGUUCGGGGCACCAGAAUCGACCAGAACCUUUUGACGGAGGCGGAGAAUCUCCAAAAGAUUGCCCGGGAGCACCCCAAGGCGACCAGUGACCCGGCGCUGGCCUUCCCCGUGAAGGUGCUGGCCGUGGUCGGCCCGGGCGGCGCCAGGAGCCACGACCUGAUCGUCAUGCGCAAGGUCCGCGGGGAGCGCCUGGCGGAGGUGAUCGCGCGGAAGUGGUACCGCGGGGAGGUGAGCCAGAUCAUGCGCCUCCUGGAGCGGCUAGGCACCUGCCUCGGAGAGUUCCACACGCGUUAUUCGGGCGUUCAGCAUGGUGACUUCCAGCCUUCCAACAUUAUCUACGACGACGAGCGCGAUGCGCUUGUCAUGAUCGAUGUUGGCGGAAUGGGCGUUCCGACUAUGCAGGGUGAUGUGGCACACUUCUGCAAGUCCCUGCGGCUCCUGGCGGAGGCCUACGGGACGGGAAUGGCUAACGACGGCACGCGCCGGUUCGAGCAGGGCUACGCUCGAGGCGUCGCCGCGAGCACCUGAGAGGCUCGAGCUACCCCCCCCCUCCCUCCUCCUCUGGGGUCACCUCGGGCCGUGGGCACCUCUCUUCCCUUUGUUCCUCCUCUCCCAUCUCCCCGCGCCUUCCGACCGCAAUCUUCUACCGCUGCGCGAUGCCUACAGCUGCAACGUUUGCUCAACAUCGGAGACGCGCAGGAAUGUUCGAAUUCGUAACCUCUCGCUUUCCCGAAGGGAGAGGAGGUGCGUCGCUGUGCAGGACUCGGCCCAGGCCUCUCGCCGUUCACGGUGCUCCGCUAAGACUAGGGCGGACGCAUCGCCGGCGGGGGGCGCAUGCAUGCGAGUCGGCGACGGGCGGGGAGGGAAAGGACGAG